AUGGAAGCAGCGGACGGCAACCGAACGGGACCUCCACUCGUUGAAUUCCUAGCGGAGACGCCAAAAACUGAAGGCUUAUCUAUGAUUCUAUCAGAGCUUGAGAGGGUGAAGAAAAUUUCGGGCAUUAAAAUUGUUAGAGCAAGCCCUCCAAUAAAUCAUUUGUUCUUUGCUGACGAUAGCCUAUUUUUUACCAAGGCAACUAGAGCAGAAGUUCAGGCGAUGGUCAAGGCUUUGGAGUUCUAUUCAGUCUUAACAGGUUGGGAGAUAAACUUUAAAAAAUUGGCUGCUUGUUUCAGUCCUAAUACAGGGAGAGCCAUGAAAAGAUCGCUAGCAAGGCUUCUCAAUCUCGGAGAGGUUGCGUGUCAUAAGAAGUAUUUAGGCCUUCCUUCUUCUCUUUCAUAUAAGAAGAUUGUGUCGUUUGGGUAUAUUAAGGACAAAAUGUGGAAGCAUCUUCAAAACUGGAAGGAGAAGCUCUUCUCGGUGGGAGGGAAAUAA